UCUUGCUGUAUCUGUGUGUAUCUGUGUGUGUUUUUGUGAGUCGUUGUGUGUCUUUGUGUGUUUUUGUGUGCCGUUGUGCGUCCUCUGUGUGUCUUGCUGUAUCUGUGUGUAUCUGUGUGUGUUUUUGUGAGUCGUUGUGCGUCCUGUGUCCGGUGAGCCUCCAUCAGUGCAGCAGAGGCAGAGGCUCUGUGUGACGCUCAGCCAGUCUCUGAACUCUCUGCUUGCUGCUUUAGUGUUCAGUCGGUCUGUGGACUCUGAGCUGCUGCUUCUUCAGCGUUUGGAUUAUUUCACCUGGACUCAGGAUGAAGGUGGAGGGUCUGCAGGAGGAUGGGGACUCCUCCUCGGGUUCUGGAGCGGACCGGACCAGCCCCGGCUCGGCAGAACGCUGCAUGUCUCGGCUGCUGAGCGCCGUGGAGAACGAGCUGCAGGCCGGCCGGGAGAAAGGAGACCCAACGGAGAGGGAGCUGAGGGUGGUUCUGGAGGACGCCGAGCUAUGGAGGAAGUUCCAGCAGAUCACCAACGAGAUGAUCGUCACCAAGAACGGACGGAGGAUGUUCCCGGUGCUGAAGGUCAGCGUCUCCGGUCUGGAUCCCAGCUCCAUGUACUCCUUCCUGCUGGACUUCGUUCCGGCUGACAGCUGUCGGUGGAAGUUCGUGAAUGGGGAGUGGGUGGCAGCCGGCCGGGCAGAGGGGCGGGGCGAGGGGCGGGGCCAUGGCGGCAUCUACAUCCACCCAGACUCUCCCAACUUUGGGGCUCAUUGGAUGAAGGCAGCCGUGACCUUCAACAAAGUCAAACUGACCAACAAGGUGAACGGAGGAGGACAGAUUAUGUUGAACUCUCUCCAUAAAUACGAGCCUCAGCUCCACAUCGUUUGUGUUGGUUCUCGUCAUCGUUUGGUGUCCAACAUUUCCUUCAAAGAAACUCAGUUUAUCGCUGUCACUGCCUACCAGAAUGAAGAGAUCACAGCUCUGAAGAUCAAAUACAACCCGUUUGCUAAAGCUUUCCUGGACGCCAAGGAGAGGAACCCAGGGGGGCGGGGCUUACCGGACCCAUCAGAGAAUCGAGUUGGAAUUCAAUCCUGUUGGUCCUUGUGCUCGGCCGGAGGAGGUGGAGCUUUUCCUUAUGGCAGCGGCCUCCCGCUGACAUCACACCAUCACCAUGGUUACAAACACCAUGGUUACCCUGGGAGACACACACCUUAUCCAUCCGCCUACCUGCCACACCGCUCACACUCAUCAGGUGUCCAGGUCCUAUCAGAUGGUUGGACCAGUACUUCUCCUCGUCCUGCCUCCUCCUCCUCCUCGUCCCUUCCCCUGACCAGCGGUGCUCCUUCUUCACAGGCCCCUCCUCCCCACAGCUCCAGUCAGUAUCCCUGUCUGUGGACGGUCGGCUGCAGUGAGCUAAGUCCCUCCCACUCACCAUGCGGGGCUCUCCAUGGACCAAUCAGCAGCGAGAGCCUCAUGCAACCCCCCAGUCACGGGAGAGUGGGCGGAGCUGGGUGGCCACCAAGUUCCACCCACUCCUUCUGAGAAGGGAUGUGAUUGGCUGAGAUGAAUCACACUGAUGACCCACGAGGAGGUUAUUAGUCACCACUGUUAAUAGCUGGUUACCACUGGUAACCGUGGUAACCAGUGGCAGCCAGUGGUAACCGCUGGUAACCAGUGGUAACUAAUGGUAACCACCAUUGAUACAUAUUUGUACAUACUGGCAGCUAAUAGUGAGUAUUUGUGACUAUUUGUAAAAACAGAAACUGCAAACAAAUGACUUGUAUUUAACCACAUAUACUAGUGGAUACUAAUAUCUACUAGUGGCUACCAAUAUCUACUGGUGGCUUUUAAUAUCUGUUAGUGGCUACUAGUAACUAUCAGUAACUACUAGUAACUGCCUGUGGUUCUGUGUACCUGCUGGUAGUUACUGGUCCAAACCAGUACUACCUGUAAAUACCUGUAAAUAUGUUGUGGUGACCUUGUGGCUACUGGUUGGUGUUUUUGGCUACCUGUACCUGCAGGUAAAUGUACCUGUAACCCUCAUAGUGCUGAUGUUGUGGCGCCCCCUGCUGUCUGAUUUGCGUCCACGCUUCCUAUUGUUGCCUCUGAUUGUUGCUGAGAAAUAGAAACCAACGAUUGAACGUCUUUGUUGUUCUGAUGUUGCUCUGCUCCAUGUCAAUAAAGAUUUACUGACAGUU